CCAUAGCGUAAGAAGGUGGGACUUAUUUUUAUUCCAAUACCGGCCUGUCUAAGACCUUCGUGACUCACUGCUUCGACCAAUGAGUUUGCUGUUUUGACAGAAGGGUGUGGCCGUGGUCACUGUGACGUUGGCGUCAAUGGAAACACAGCUUAUUGAGCAAAGAGGCCAUUAACUGCUCAACCACAGCUCCUCUACCUGUCAGCUCGACGCCCACUCCGGCCUGUUUCGACGAGCGCAUGACUGGGGAUGUCUGCAGUCGACUGGUACGCACACAAAUCGCUCGGAGACGGACUCUUCUGGAUCCAAGAGCGAUUCUUCCAGUCGGAGAACCGGGCCAACAUCUGGCUGCUCCGAGGCUCCCACCAAGAUGUGGUGAUAGACACCGGUCUGGGCUUGAGGAGCUUACCUGACUAUAUUGACGCCAAUGGGCUGCUGGGGAAAGACCCGCAGAGGAAAAAUCCGCUGCUGGCCAUUGCCACCCACGCCCACUUUGACCACUCAGGGGGUCUGCAUCAGUUCCAACAGGUGGGCGUCCACAGCGCCGAGGUCGAUGCUCUGGCUAAUGGAGACAACUUCGAAACGGUGACCUGGCUGAGUGACAGGGAGAUUGCCGAGUCUCCUAGUCCAGGAUGGAGAGCAAGGCAUUACAGAGUGAAGGCAGUGCAGCCAACACACAUCCUGCAGGAAGGUGAUGUCAUCAACCUGGGCGACCGACAGCUGACCGUGCUCCACAUGCCUGGUCACUCCAGGGGCAGCAUUUGCCUUCACGACAGAGACAAUAAGUUGCUCUUCAGUGGAGAUGUGGUGUAUGAUGGUGCCAUGAUUGACUGGCUGCCCUACAGCCGUGUCAGUGAUUAUGUCAGCAGCUGCGAGCGAUUGGUUGGACUGGUGGACAGUGAAGAGGUGGACCAAGUCCUUCCUGGUCACUACAACACCUUUGGAGCAAAGCGUCUACAUCGACUGGCUACCACGUACAUCACCAGAGCCGGAACGUGCCCUGCAAAGUUCUCCACGUUUGCCUGGAGAACACUGGCUGGUGUGGCGCUGCGGGCGUUCAACCCUCGCAGUGUCUGUUAAUGAGAGGUCGUUGUGAAGAACAAACUGAAGUGCACAAUACAAAAGUUUUAUCACUGCAACAUUCUUUUACUUAUGUACUCCAACACCAUUAACGGAAUUGCCAAACUUUGUAAAAAAAAAAUCUUUUUGUUUACAAAGGAUACGUAAGGAUAUGUAAAGCAUUAUGCUAUAAAGUAGUUCAACUAUAUAUGCUGAUGAUGACAUGGUUUUAUUUUGUACAUCUAAAUAUGAAUAGAUGUUUGAUUUUUAUACUUUACGCAGAUGUUGAGUUAAAAACAGCACAAAAAGGAUGCAUCUCUGCACUACGUACAAACAGAGAGCUUCUGGGUUUUCAGCCGAGACGUUUCAAUCACUGGCCAUAGUAUUUCUCUAUGCAUACUUCGAUGCUCAGUGAAGACUCUGUGUCGACUACCUCCUACUGUAUGUCUGUGAGAGUGCUUUGUAGUAUUUGCAGAUCGACAGCUUUGCUAUCGAAACCUUGUCAAUAAAGCCUGCGUUCUACCUGC